GCGCUCCGAUCUCUCCCCGGCCAUGUGCGGGGUUUGUGGCCGGCUGGCGCCUCCACGCCGGCCACAAACCCCGCCGGGCGUGGGAUGCUAACAGUGCCUCGGAAUGCCUUAUGUAGACCGUCAGAAUCGAAUUUGCGGAUUCCUGGAUAUUGAGGAUAAUGAAACCUGUGGGAAGUUCCUACGUCGGUAUUUCAUUCUGGAUACCAAAACCAACAGGCUUUUGUGGUACAUGGACAAUCCUCAGAAUCUGGCUGUAGGCUCAAAAGCAGUAGGAUCUCUACAACUGACCUACAUCUCUAAGGUCAGCGUGGCUACCCCCAAACAAAAGCCGAAAACACCAUUCUGUUUUGUUAUCAACGCCUUGUCUCAGCGCUAUGUCUUGCAAGCAAACGACCAGAAAGAUCUGCAAGACUGGGUGGAAGCCCUGAACACCGCCAGCAAGAUUACGGUACCAAAGCAUGGAAGUUUGUCACUAGCCACAGAAACAGGAAGACACCCAUAUAAGACUGAAAUCAUUGGAGGAGUCGUUGUGCAGACACCCAUCUCAGUCAACCAGAAUGGAGGAGAUGGCUCCGAAGGCCACGAGCUUUCAUCUCACCCUUUGUUGAAGCGGUCCCAGAGUUACAACCCUGCUACCAAAACCCCAGUGGGACCUCUAGUCCUCAAGAGCGGCUAUUGUGUCAAGCAGGGGAACGUAAGAAAGAGCUGGAAACGCCGUUACUUCAUGCUGGACGAAAAUUCUGUCAACUAUUUCAAAUGUGAGCAGGAUAAAGAGCCCUUGCGGUCAAUCCUCCUGAAGGAUGUUCUGAAGACUCAUGAAUGUCUCGUCAAAUCUGGUGACCUUCUAAUGAGGGAUAAUCUCUUCGAAAUUAUAACAAGCUACCGGACAUUCUAUAUCCAGGCCUACAGCCCUGAAGACAUGAAAAGCUGGAUCAAAGAGAUUACGGGCGCGGUGCAGGCAUUAAAGAGCUGUCCCAGAGAAAUGCCUUUGGUGAGAUCCGUGUCGAUGGAUAAACGAGGAAGCCCCACCUUGUCCAGCUCCACCACAGCAUCCAUAGCAUGGCUCAAGCAGCGAGGAGACGAGUCCAAGGUUGGACACAAAGGUCCCUCCACUUCUUGCUGGCUGCCUUGGAUGCCCGUGCCACAGCUGGAGGAGAAGCAGCAGCUGGCAUCCAAGGAACUGGCCGAAGACUCUGGGUUUGCCCCUUUGCCUUCUGAGCGAGGUGCUGGAGAGACCCAGGUCAGGCGCCUCCGACACAGGUCGGAACCCCAGAACUUCAAAGAGCACCGCUUUCUGAUUGACUUGGAGGAUGAAAACAUCAGAACCUCAGACGUGUGAUGGUGCAGCGAGGUGGAAACAGGCGUUCCCAGGACCAGGAUGUUCUGGGCGAACAAUUGCUAGCUUGCACUUGCUCCAAAAGCAGAGGUGGAACAGAAACCGCAACAGGGUUCAAGCGAAGAAGGAAUCGACACCUACCGUGUGGGUUGCAUGCUCUGCUGGAGCCUUCUCAAGGUCCAGCGUAAUUCAGAGGGUGCCAGAGUGUCCACGAUGGUCCUGUUUAAGUCUGUUGAGGAUGCAGAACCAUACAAAGGAGCUGACCCCAUUCACCUUUGGGCGCGGUUCAUUCCGCCAUCACUGUUUCCUGUCUUGGAAGGGAAGGGACUCCCACAUCAUUCAUUUGAAGGCCUUGAUAAGCACAUCAUGUUCCUGUCUGUUUGCUUGUGCAAAAAAGGCUUUACUAGAGUUACCUGGAACAGACAGCAACAUAGUAUAUCUACCCUUUCUGUUCUGGUAGCAACAACAGUGUGGUUUUGCUUGAUCGGUGGAUGAAUUGAAGGCAGUUCCCCUUGUUUAAUAUCCAAAGCUUAGGCUAAGAAGAGAGUUGGAAUCCUUCCCUUCCUUUCUCCUUCC